AUGUCAGCCAAGUCUAUUCUCGAGGCCGACGGCAAGGCCAUUCUCAACUACCACCUUACUCGGGCUCCCGUCAUCAAGCCCACUCCCCUGCCUGCCUCCUCUACACACAACCCUCCCGCUCGUCUCGCCUCUCUUCACUUCCCCGAGGACAAGGCCGUUAAGGAUGUCCUUGACCAGGCCGAGGUCACCUACCCGUGGCUCUUGGUCCCCGGCUCCAAGUUCGUUGCGAAGCCCGAUCAAUUGAUCAAGCGCCGCGGUAAGAGCGGUCUUCUCGCUCUGAACAAGACCUGGGCUGAGGCUCGUGAGUGGAUUGAGGCUCGUGCCGCCAAGGACGUCCAAGUCGAGACUGUCACUGGUGUCUUGCGUCAAUUCCUCGUCGAGCCCUUCGUGCCUCACCCCCAGGAGACUGAGUACUACAUUAACAUCCACUCCGUCCGUGAGGGUGACUGGAUCCUCUUCACUCACGAGGGUGGUGUUGAUGUCGGUGAUGUUGACGCCAAGGCUGAGAAGCUUCUCAUCCCCGUCAACCUGAAGAACUACCCCUCCAACGAGGAGAUCGCCUCCACCCUGCUGGCCAAGGUGCCCAAGGGUGUUCACAACGUCCUGGUGGACUUCAUCUCCCGCCUGUACGCCGUCUACGUUGACUGCCAGUUCACCUAUCUCGAGAUCAACCCUCUCGUUGUCAUCCCCAACGCCGAUGCCACCUCCGCCGAGGUUCACUUCCUUGACCUCGCGGCCAAGAUCGAUCAGACCGCUGAGUUCGAGUGCGGUACCAAGUGGGCCAUUGCCCGUAGCCCCGCCGCUCUGGGCCUGCCCACUCUGCCCUCCGCCGACGGCAAGGUCAACAUUGACGCUGGCCCGCCCAUGGAGUUCCCCGCCCCCUUCGGCCGUGAGCUGAGCAAGGAGGAGAAGUUCAUCUCCGACAUGGACGCCAAGACCGGUGCUUCCCUCAAGCUGACCGUCCUCAACGCCAACGGUCGUGUCUGGACCCUCGUUGCUGGUGGUGGUGCCUCUGUCGUCUACGCCGACGCCAUUGCCUCCGCUGGCUUCGUCAGCGAGCUCGCCAACUACGGUGAGUACUCCGGUGCUCCCACCGAGACUCAAACCUACAACUACGCCCGCACCGUCCUUGACCUGAUGCUGCGCGCCCCCAUCCACCCCGAGGGCAAGAUCCUCUUCAUUGGUGGUGGUAUUGCCAACUUCACCAACGUUGCCAGCACUUUCAAGGGUGUCAUCCGCGCCAUUCGCGAUGUCGCCCCUGUCCUCCUUGAGCACAAGGUCCAGAUCUGGGUCCGCCGCGCCGGCCCCAACUACCAGGAGGGUCUGAAGAACAUCAAGUCCGCCGGUGUCGAGCUUGGUCUGGACAUGCACGUCUACGGCCCCGAGAUGCACGUCAGCGGCAUUGUGCCUCUGGCCCUGCAGGGCAAGAAGACCGAUGUCAAGGAAUUUGGCGCAUAA